GGAGGGAGCGGUGACGCAAUACUACGCUUUGGGUAUAAAUUGCAGUGGGUGUGCUCAUUCAAUGGAGCGGGAGUGAGAAACGCUAUCAGGCUUAACAUUUACGACUCUUUUUGAAGCGGUUCUUUUGUUGGCUUUCUAUCCUCAAAUUAGUUUAAAAGUGCUUUUGACUGUUUCUUCAGCGGACUGAGCAGGACUGACUCCGACUGUCGGGAAGGGAAGAUGAAAUACAUCAUAGGAAUUGGCGGAGUCACCAAUGGUGGCAAAACCACUCUGACAAACAAGUUGAUCAAGACUCUGCCCAACUGCUGUGUUGUGCACCAAGAUGACUUCUUCAAGAAACCCGAUCAGAUAGAAGUCGGGGAGGACGGCUUUAGACAAUGGGAUGUGUUAACGGCUAUGGAUAUGGAGGCCAUGACCAACACAGUGAAAGGCUGGAUUGAGAACCCAGUGAAGUUCGCCCGUUCCCACGGAGUCUCUCUGUCGUCUGCAUCCGACGUGGCCGACCCAGACGAGCAGACCCACAUUCUGAUCGUGGAGGGCUUCCUGCUCUACAAUUACCCACCUCUGCUGGAUGUUUUCGAUAAGAGCUAUUACAUCACGAUUCCGUACGAGGAGUGCAAGAGAAGGAGAAGUACGCGGCAGUAUACGGUCCCUGACCCUCCCGGACUGUUUGAUGGCCAUGUGUGGCCGAUGUACCUGAAGCACAGGAGAGAGAUGGAGCGCAGUGGCUUGAAUAUCCAGUGCCUUGAUGGUUUGAAGUCUAAAGAGGAGAUCUACAACCAGGCGUAUGAGGACAUUCAGAACAAUCUGCUCAAUCGUUUAUAGCAGGAAGACUCCUCGCCAUCCCUGUACAGAGCUUGUAAAUAGUCCCAUGAUUUCUUUUUUUUUUAUGAAGUCUUUCUAAUUUUAUUCUUUGUUUGAGAAUGAAACAAAGCAAUGUUAAUUUAUCACUGUCUUUUUUUUAUAAUCUUCAGAUGGUCGAUAUGUUUUUUUUGUGUGACUGUUGAACCAGACCAUUACUACGUUACUGUUAUGUUAAACCACUGACUUGUACUGGACCAUUUGUCACAUUCUACUCCAAAUAAAUGCAUUCGCUACUAGAA